GGGUUAAACUGGGAAUCUUUCUGGGUGGCUGUGCUCUCCUCCACUUUAUCCCAGUGCUUUUGGUCCGGAGUCAUUUAAAUGACGCAGUGUCCCCGCGGAGCAGAUCAAGCAUGCUUACAGGUCAAGGUGUUAAUGAGAAGACCUUCGGCCUUCUGUUGGGACCGACAAAAGCCAGGUGGAGAGUUAAAAAGGGUAAAAGGUGGCCAAGCGGAGAUGUUCUCUGUACCUUGAAGCCGGGGUCCUUCUCAUCCACAAGCACCAGCUGCUCUGCUGUCCCGGGAAUACAGCGGUCUCCUUCUUAUGGCCAGGGUACCAUGGGCGGUGUCAGCGCUGUUACUGCUUGUGCUCUGCUCUCCAGGGGCCUCCUCGGCCCCCAUCCGGCACCUGUGUGGCUCCCACCUGGUGGACGCUCUCUACUUUGUCUGUGGAGAGCGGGGAUUUUUCUACAACCAAAACCGUAUCCACAAACGAGAUGUGGAACAUCUGCUCGGGUUCCUGUCUAAAAGGGUCAGACAGGAAGCGCGACAGUGGAGGCUUCCGUCAGGAAGAGACGAGCCCAAGGUGAAAAGAGGCAUCGUGGAGCAGUGCUGCCAUACGCCAUGCAGCGUUCACCACCUGGAGGGCUACUGCAACUGACCUGCCACUUCACAACUAGCACCACUCAUAGGAAAAAUAAAAAAGUCCCGAAGUCAAUUUCUGGCCCCCAUACUUGCUGGUUAUGUCUUAUCAACUGAAGGAAAUAAAGCUUCAUGACCCAUAA